GUGGGCAGGGAGCUGCUGAAGAGAGGAUAUGAAGAGCAAUCGUGGAAGAGGACUCAGUCCGACCUUGUCUGGCUCACAGCCCGUGCCUGGUUGAGCGUAAACGCUGCUAAAUCAGUUUGCGGCGUUUGAAGCUCCUUCCGGCGCGUACAACUUAGGCCUUCAUUCAUGUUUUUUCGCAGCACAUCCACGUCAGGAACAGAUCAACACUACUCAAGCCUCUUCCGCAUAUUGGAUUUCUAUGCAAAGAGAAGGUCGCCAAUAUCCCUUACAGGAUUCGGUAAAAUGAAGAUUGCAGCUGACACUGAAUCAAUAUUGGGAGACUUUUGAAGCAUUGUAAUGCGUUUUUUUUCUUGAUUUUUCUUCAACUCGCGAAGCUUUUGCUCCCUCUGUGGGAUUACUCGAUACGUUUGACUAAACGAGUUUUGGAUCCGCCUGCGCUGUGCAGUGUACGGUGCACAAAUUCGCUCAAAAUGCAUGAUAUUUAAGAUAAUAUCUCACCAUACAGAGUGCCAAAUAGAGCCGGGAUGGCGAACGAGUAUAAUCGCAACAUUGUGGAAAAGUAUAUCUGUCAUAAACUCUCCAAAAGAGGCUACGAGUGGGGGUUCGACGAUGACCAGGACGAAGAUGCUGCUAAUAACGGGUCAUUAGUUGCUCCUCCACCGGCUUUGGUCCGCCGGUGCCGUGAAGCGAGCUCCGGGCCUGACCGUGAGCGCAUCCCCCACCUCUGCAAACGCACCCCACAGUCCGACCCACACGCGGCCAUCCACAGAGUCCUACGCGAGGCUGGAGAUGAACUUGAGAGACUGUACCAGCCGGACUUCACGGAGAUGUCCCGGCAGCUGUAUCUCACCUCCACCACGGCGCAGAGGAGGUUCGCAGAGGUGAUAGACGAACUGUUCCGGGAUGGGGUAAACUGGGGCCGGAUUAUCGCCUUUUUCGAGUUCGGGGGCACGGUGUGCGUGGAGUGCGCGUCGAAGGAGGAGAUGUCAUCGCAGGUGGAUAACAUCGCGGAGUGGAUGACGGAGUAUUUGAAUGGACCUCUCAACAGCUGGAUAGAGGAUAACGGUGGAUGGGAUGCCUUUGUGGAGCUGUACGACAGACAGAGGGACUCGGUCUUCAGCUGCUCCUGGCCCUCCAUUAAGACGGUCUUUGGUCUUGCAGCGCUCGGGGCGGCUAGCCUCACCAUUGGAGCAUACCUUACACAGAAAUGAACAAACCCCUUUAUUUCUACCAGCAAGACUUUAUUCCUCCGCCUCCCUCUUUUCCCGUGCCUCCUGUUUCUCCUUUUAAAGACGCCCCUGACCCCUCAGAGACAACCUUCAGAAUCCUCUGAAUCUGGCUCUCUUCAAAGCCUCAGAAAAACUCCUUCUUUCUCGCUUCCCCCCUGUCAAAACAGACACAAAUCAAAAACAGCCUGAUGCACGGUUUGAAUCGAGCAAAGGACGUCCUGGAAAAGAGGGGUGGCUUUAGAUGUAAUCGCACUAAGCUGAGAACAAGUGAAGAGAAAGGAGGAUUUUUUUUUUUUGUUCUGCCUGCUUCUGUACUCGUUUUAGCAUGACUGUUGAGUGUUAGCUUAGUCCUUGCAUGUGUCAGAGCUCAUGCGGGGCCUCUAUUUUUGAGGCCUUGAUGAUGGUGGGGGGGGCGUGUAGGGGCAAUGACGGCCCACACCGGCGAGGACGCGGCCACGGCCCCGCCCCUGCUUGUUAGGGUGAAGAGCCCCAUUUGAACUGUGACUGACUCCAGUUACCCCCCCCCAGCCCCCCCACCCCUGCAGCCGUCCUUCAAAGGACUUCCUCCACAGAACAGCUGCUCAGAAUGUAUAAUGGAAACGUCUCGCUAAGACCAGCACGUUAUAUGUCUGCUGCUUCAGACAGCUUCAGUGAACUCUGAACACACAGCACCAUUAUAUGCACCAAGCAUGGACUUUAUUAUGUAGAGGAAGACUGACGUUUUCAGAACACUCCUAUGCUGGUUAUGACUGUUGCAGCGAACCCUAAAUUGUGUGGUUUUCCUUUAGAAAUCAGGGGGUUUUCCAGGACAGAUGCAGAGGAAGAUGCUCACUGUGUAAAGGUGAUGCAAAGAACUACGGGAACCCUAAAGGACAUGCAUCCAUGCAUUUUAUUUAACUCAGUUUUCUGGAACAAGCAAAUUUAGGUUGAUAUUUCCAUUGAUAAUAAUUUAAUCUUUAUCCUAGGAAAACAGUGAAAUAAAAUGUAUGGUGCAUGUCCUUUUGAGGCUUCCGUAAAGUACUAGUAAAGUUGAGCACGGCACAAAAAUCUAAGAUAGAAGAACAGAUUGCGCUCUGCUCUUUAAGAAAGACCCCCGAGAGAGAUUUAAAUAAUGCAUUCCAGGAGAAAAAGUGACGCAAACGCCUAAAAUAACUCCCCUUUAAAAGCAUCACCAUGCUUCACAUAUCAGCACCAAGCAGCUCUAAAACCAUCCAUUCUUUUCUUGUUUCUACCUCUGCUGCAGCGAUUUAAAUUCUUAACUCGGUCCAUUCAUCGUCGGAUUGUUCAAGCUCACUGAGGGUUGUCAAAACGUGUCCCUGAGGCCUCACAGUGCCUCCGUAAUGCUAGAAUCCACUCCAACAAAGACUCGUGUUGACGUGGACUGAGAAGACCUCGCCUGGCCACGGAUGGCUGAGAGGAAUACCACGGCAGCAGGACUUUCAUUUUUUUCGGGACUGAUGCCUGCGUGUCCCAGGUGCUGGAACCUGAGAUGUCCCUCUUCUCCUUCUCUGCUGAUGCAUCCCGUCAUCGAUUCGGUCCUCUCAGCCUGUUUUUAUCGAUGUUUGUCUUGUGUUACAGAUGGAUUAAAAUUUUGGGGAUGCACACACGCAGCUUCCAAAAUAUCUUGUUGAAUUCAGUACAUAGCAAAGUUGGAAAAGUGGUUUUCUUUCUUUUCUGUCAUUUAAAAUCUUCACCUUCUUUGUUGCAUGGAUGAAAGAUGCUGUCUCACACAUGAAUACCCACUGUGUGUAACUGUAUUUAUAACAGAAUAGGCUAGAAGAUUACAAAUAACAUUGAUAAAGUUGCUUUUCUAUUUAUUGAGAGGUACCAGAUCACAGAUUUUUUGAUGAAAGUUAAUUUCCACUUUUUCUAUUCUAUGGAAUCACACUGUAACUACAUUUUCUUCCUGGCUGCUAUGAUAACAAGAAAAAUGUUUAAAAAGUGAAUUUAUGUGUCGUAUUGGCUUAAGGCUGCUAUACUGUCGAUUUUUAACUUUUACUUACAGCUUAAACUGCCACAGAUUUACAGUAUAGAUCUAGAGAGCUGGAAACCAAAGUUAACUUGUGUUUAUCUUUAAUUUAAAAAAAAGUAGCUUAACAAGAAUACAUGUUGCUUCACCUGGCUGAGUCUGUUCAGUGAAGGUUUGUCUAGUGUUAAUGUAAUAUAUCAGCUUAACUUCUGUCAACAUCGUGCUCUGAUGAUAACUCAGUGCUUUUCUGUAAAAUAUCCACCUGCCAGAUUUAAACCUUGUCUCAGCUAUCGCCAUAAACCAACCUAUUGUCAUGAGAACAACCCACAGUGUGUGCUGUUCUUGGUACGGAAGCCCUAAGUGGACAUGCAGUAAUGCAUUUAAUGUCCUCAUUUUUCUGUGAUAACGAGCAAUGUCCUGCUAUUUUCUUUAUGAAUGUUUUUCAUGUUAAAAAAAGAUGACUGGUUGCUCAAUGAGGUCAAAGUAGAAAUGGGAAAAUAUUAUCUCCUACCUGAUUUCAAACAUUACAGAUGACAAAACAUUUUAUGAAUUAAACAGAGUAAAAGGGCUAAUCUGGGGUUACAUUAUAUAUAAUUAAGUUAUGUUUUAUAGUAGUUACACGAACAGUGGCUCACUUUAGCUUUGUUAGCUUUAGCUUAAGCUACCAUAGCUACGCUAGCUAUGUAAUUAAUGUACAAGAUAAGCCAAGGUAGCCAAGAUUUCUUUGAGGUAUGUGAGCUUAAGCUAAUCUAGCUCAAAGAUAUCAUAGCUACGAAGCUACAUUAUCCAUGUAGCUACAUAGAUAAUGUAAUAUUCUGUAAUAUUUUCAAGAAAACAUGAAAACAAUGUCCAAACUUUUCCCACAGAGGGCCACAUACAGAAAUAUAUUAGGAUGGUGGGGCCACUUUCAUACCCCAUGCCAUGAGGAUUUUAAAGUUAGUAAGACUAAUCCAAUGUAAGUUAAUACAUGUUUAGCGAAUAAGUAGGCCUAAAUGGCUAGUUUAUGGCUCACAGGAUAAAUAGCUAUUUUCAGGAUUUUGGGGAGCCAGUCAGAUUUCAGGGGGCCCCAUUUAGCCCUGGCUACCACUGGCUCUGCUACUGAAAAGUUAUUGGUGCUGCUGUUUGCUGUGAUAAUCCAUCAAGAUGUG